CGUCAAAUUUCGAAAACGCGGUAACUGAGGUAGUCAGUCAUCGACUCACCUUUCUUCUACUUUGGCUCACUGCCAACAUCUUCGUCGCCGCUCACGCAUUAUCUACUUUUCGCCACUUAUCAUCCUAUUUGAUCUCCUCUUCUCCUUCCGCUCCCUUAGCAAUCCUUCGUCAUAUUUUGCUUAAAUCUGAACCAGACUUCUCGAAGCUGGCUCAGUUUCGCACCCUUCUUUAACUGACCCUUCCACGCGUCUUAUAUGCAAUCCGAGCCUUCUAAAGCUGAAAACAGUACUUUGACAAGCGUCCCAAUCAAAGAACACUCCUCUUCUCAUUCUCAGCAUGGCAAACGUCGCGCAGAUAAGAUUCCAGGGGGGGAUGAGGGGCUGCGGAAGUCGCCCCUCUCCUCUACCCCGCGGGAAGAGGUCCAAUCUCAAAAUCUGCCGCUUAGACCAGAAAAUGGCCAGGCUCAACAGCAAGAGAAUGGGAUGAAAAAGGGGGAAGUGCAUGUUACACAGGUUGACGCGACUGAAACCAGAGCUGCGGAAGGAAAGCUGGCUCCAACUGCCGUAGCUACUCCUAUUACGAGCAACAUAAAUGGAAGUCACAAUGACACGGAUCCAAUGACUAGCAGACCAUCCCCCGAGAGAGUAGAGUCACAUACCAUAGGAGAUGCAACUCUAACGCCUUCAUUGUUUGGCGAGCCUAGUCCUCGUACGGACCUUGGGCACCACCCGUCAGCAGAUCGAAUUACGCAGUAUGAGCAGGCAUUGUCUCCAUCUCCAUCGAAACGCCACCAAUCUCUUGGCUUCCAGGUCAUCAAGUCGCGUGUAGUGCGCCCGGGUGUUAACAGGUCGCCACUUGCAGAAUUCCCCAAUGAGGUUCUAACGCAUGUUCUGUCAUAUCUACCACCUUCCUCUUUGUCAGCAGUUGCUCUCGUUUCUCGUCGGUUUCGCGACCUUGUUACGACGCCGCACUCUUGGAGAGUCGCCUUUUCGCGCUUCUUUCCCGGCUUGGAUGCCUUCCAGCUCCUGGGAUCUUCAAUCUUCAGUGACAACGAUUCAGAUGAUGGCAUUGAUGAACUGCGGUCUGAGAAAAGGGUGUUCACUCGAUUGAGCGCCCUCGCCUCCUGGAGGAGUGAAUAUAUUUUACGCACGCGGCUACUUCGGUCUUUGGGGCGCGGAAAGCCGGUCCAGCUGCAGCAAUCACCUGCUACGCCCUCCCGCUCCGGCUCAACACAAGGCAAUGCAGUUAAUACCUAUUAUUCACAGCACUACACGACUGUCAAUCAUAUCCACGUUACAUUUGGCGCAGGUUUAAAUAAGAAGCUUCCCAAAUUCAUCCAUGGCGCAGAUGAGGAUGGAUCCAGUCGUCUGAGUGACCCUCUGACGGGUAAAGUGGACGCCUGGGGUUUGACAGAUCCACAGCGCUUUCUGCAGUUUUCAGACACGCACCCCGGCGAUGCGCCAUAUGGCUUAGGUCCUGGGGAGCUUGUUGGAGCUCCGAAUGUCAUGGAUGUGAGCCAACCGUUUGGCAGCGUGUACGGCGAGGGUACCCCGGGAGGUUCGGUAUACUAUCGAUCAACCGAGGAGAUGAGAGGCCGCUUCCUGCUUGGAUCUGUAGCUCAUGCCACCCCGGAAAAGGGCAUACCCAAGGUGCCUACGCAGGCAGAGUCAAUCAACUCAGUUUGGAUUGCGAAAUCCAAUAUGAUCCCUUCUAUGAGCGAUGGAUUGAUUGGGAUUCUGAGCGGCUCCUCUUGCGGAAUAGUGACAGCAUACAGUUUUGGAGCUGACGGGCUCAACGAUCAACGCCUUGGCCGCGGGGAAAUAACGGCGCGAUGGGUUCUCAGCCCAGGAGUGCCGAUUAUAUCAAUUGUAGUUGAUGAGGUAUUCUCAGCCAAGCGUUUCGCCAAGUCUCGCAUCUGGGCCGUUGCUCUUAAUGCUUUAGGAGAAGUGUUUUAUCUUUCCGAGUUUCCGAAACGGCACGAGAUUGACCGCCAGGCUAGGCUCGAUUUGCUGGAAACUGAACGAUUGGCAUGGUCGACUGGUAGGACAGUGCAAUGGACACUUGUGGAACCCACUCGCCGUCUUGCUAGAGUUGACCCUUACAGCCGAUCUGAAGUCGACGGAAGUUACACUCCGCGGUCAUCCUGGGACGGCGUUGGCCUGGGACGGGAGCAAUUGAUGGCUGAGACACGGGAGAUUGAAAAAUUUCUCAACUUCCAGCCGAAGCAUUUCCGGAAAAUAUGCCAAGGCUGGGAUAUGCGAAGGCGGUUGGAGGUAGACUUUGCUGGUGAUGAUGGGAAUGAUGCAGGCGAAGCAAUUUUCGUUAUUGGAUGUGGUUUGGACCAUGGCACGACCGCAGAUGUCAAACGAUUUGUUCGAUUCAGAGUCAAUCAGGGCCAACGCUUUGGAAGCGGUCCAUCGACCCCACAAGCAACACCGGUCAUUAAGCCUACAAUCCCCGGGAAGAAGCCUUCUCUCUUUGGCGGACCAGUGGGUGAAGUGUCUGAUGUACCGCUUCCUCCUGCAAGUGACACAUCAGGUCCAAGCACGCCUGAGCUGUUGGCAUCUCGCAAUUCUCCGCAGCAAGCCUACGAAGAAUGGCGGCUCUCUAAGUACGAAUUUGGAUCAUUGAAAGGGAGUCAAAUCACUGUAUCUGCAAUUGACAAGUCUGCAUAUGCUCAGUUGACAGCAUCUGAAGACCCACUACUCAAUCUCUCCGGUCUUUCUGCGGCGUCAACUCCACUAGCUACGCCUCCACAAGAGCCAUAUCGGUCACUCAAUAUGUCUGAUGUUCCCGGGCACCGUGCCCGAUUUCUUGCCGUCGGAACUAAAACGGGCAGCAUCCUUGUAUGGGACAUGCGUGCGGCGCCCCCGGCGAAUGCGGACAUUGAUAACGUUGUAACUCCGAUAAGGGUGAUUCAUACAGACUCCCCACAAAUCUCUUGUCUUGCCUUGUCAGCGCUCUACCUUGUUCAUGGCGGCAACGAUGGCCUUGUUCAGGCAUGGGAUCCACUAGCUUCAACUCUCUCGCCGAUUCGAACCCUGCAUUCACGCUUUUCUUCCCGUGCUCGGCGCCGUCUUGUUCAAGCCGAAGCAUCCAUCGAGGGUGUGGGAAUCAAUCUUUUUGCAGCAGGGGCUGUUUUCCUAGACCCUGAUCCAACAGUACUUCGGGGUAUGGUCUCAUUGGGCACGUAUCUUCGAUACUGGAGUUACAGUUCGUCCGCGGCUGAGCAGUACAAGAGCCAAAAACGCCGGCUUCGCCGAUCUGAGCGAGGAAGUAAUGCCGGCGGAGAACGAUUUUCUGGAUCUGGCCGGGGCGCUAUGCGGGGCUAUAUUGCCAACGAGCAGCAUGAACUCGAAGUUGAAAAGGCCCAAAAGCGACGGGAGGCGGAACGUUUUGCUGGUCGAUUUGGCACAGAAUUACUAGGCAAGGAUGCUACGGAAGAAGACAUUCUCGCCUACGCGGCAUUGCUAAGCGAGGAAAGCCUGAAAGCCGAGCAGGAGCGACGAGAGAGCGAGAUUGCCAAUGUAGCAUACGGUGAUGCAUCCACAAUUGCCGAAGCUGGAAGUGCUGCUUUCGACGGUCCCAGUACCGGCGCCACACCUGCUGCAAACGCUAGCGGCAACACUGCAGUCUCAAAGAUCAGCGCAGCAAACGUGCCUGACACAGAUCCCGGCUCCACUGAGCAUCUCAUUCAAGAAGACGAAGAACUUGAUCCUGAACUCGCGCAAGCAAUUCGUUUGAGUCUCGAAGAGGCUGCUAAUUCUCCAACUGCGGCAGCUCACUUGCCCGAUGUUCCCGUACGGUGGGGCAAAGGCGCCAAGCCACCGUCGCCAUCGUGGCAGCUCCCAGAGGACUUUGAUCCCGCCUGGCUUGCCGAAGACGAUACGGUUUCUGGAGCUCCUGGUUUUGGCUCCAGUAAAGUUAUUCACGACCCUCCAUUUGGAUAUUAUUCUUCGACCAAUGGGAAUGGGCUUGGAUCCUCCGGCUCCGGCUCGGGAUCUAAUUCUCGUGCUGAUGCUAUCGCGCAGUCUGCCAAAGAGCAUUCACAACCCCAUGAGUCUAAUGAUACCAAUCAAAUGGAUAUGAGCGACGAUCUCGACUUUGCUCUCCAACUCAGUCUUGCAGAGGAACAAUCUCGUCGCGAAGCCCAAGCUCAAGCCGAAGCCGAAGCCAAGGCUAAUGCUCUCAUGGCGCCCGCUAUUGAAAACGAGAAUACGCCAUCCGGUGCAGAUGUCGGUGCAGAAGUCGGUGACGAUACCAGUGCGGGCGCCAGCAAUGAUAAACGUCGUUCGAGCAGCAGGAGCAGCAGCACCGCCACCGGUGAUGAUACACCAGUCGACCCACCAACGACAGCGUUUAGCGUCACGCAUAACAUUCCGCGAAAAGACAGCCUAGAUGGUAGUGUUGCUGCCGCUGCUGUGCUGGACGACAAGGACUUUCCUGCCCUUGGCCCGUCUUCGCAUACUCGCGCCAGUGGUCAGAGUAGAAGUAGUACCAAGAAGGGUAAAGGGCGCGCCAUGUCGUGAAUGGCGCCUGUGGGUGAAAUGUGUGAACUGCAUUGAUAUGUUUGUUGAUAUUCAUCUUUGAUAAUGUUUUCGUUGGUUUAGAGAAAUUCCCCAAUUCUUUUUUUUCCCCUGCUCCAUUUCUUGCUUUCUAAUUCUUAUUUUGUCUUUUCCCUUUUCUCAUUUUUCAAUCUUCGGCUGUACGUACAUUAUACUACUUUUGACAUCUUGUAGCAAUGCAUCAUUGUCUGAAAUUUUAUCUAUUCCCUGUUCGUG